CGCAGUGAAAAGAAGAAGAACUUUUGCGGAAAGAGUCGAAACACAACAUACAUUAUCAAAGACACUCUCUGUCCAGAUAGUUAUUUUGUUACAUUACUAAAGUGCAAUUUAGUUUUUACCCUUUUGGUGCAUUACAAAUUAUUUCUUCCGAGUGACAUGUCGGUGCACUUCGACGAGAGGAGCGGGCUGGUUCCCUGUCAGACAAGCUGGGGUUCGUGGAGCCAAACCAUGGAGGAGGUAUUCAUUGAAGUCAACGUGCCCCCAGGGACGUCGGCUAAAGAAGUCAAGUGCCAUUUGGGCACCAGGGACAUAGAACUCAACGUCAAAGGGAUAGAAAUAAUCAAGGGCAAGUUUUUUGGUGCAACUGUGUCUGAUGAGGCUACAUGGACAUUAGAGGACAAAUGUCUCAUUCGAAUCGUACUGAUGAAGACAAACAGAGAGGCGGGGAACUGCUGGUCCUCUUUGUUAGAGGGAGAAUACAGCGCUAAUGCUUGGGUCCAGGACCAGAUGCAGAGAAAGCUCACACUAGAGAGGUUUCAGCGAGAGAAUCCUGGAUUUGACUUCAGUGGUGCAGAGAUUUCAGGAAACUUUGCUGGUGGCGGUCCUGACUUUUCCAAUUUACAAAAGUGACCUGCACUAUAAAACCCAUAUUGGGGGAUGUCAGGUUGGCCUAAAGAACACUAUUGUCAGUAGGUCCAAUAUGUAAAGUGUUUCAAUGUCAAGAGACUUUGGAAAUGUGCCACCAAUUGUUUCCUAAUGGAGACCAAAUCAUCUGGCAAACGUUGGACCGAUCAAGAAGCAAAGUAAAACGUGUGUUCAUCCACGUUGGUGAUUUUGAAACAAGGAUGAACUCACAACUUUUUAAUAAAGUUUAUUGAAAGGUACAAGUCCAUUUGUAGACGGUCCUUUUGAAAUGCAUUUUGGAACCAAUAGCAAUACUUGUCAUACAACACAAACAGCAAAGGUUACUGCAAUGCAAAUUCCAAAUCACAUUUUCGACCAAAAAGGUACCAUUGUGCUCCCAACUGAAACCAGAAAGAACAUAUGGCACUUCACACUGUGCCAAUAAAUCCAUCAAAUGGCAAAAACAACUCAUCCGUAACCACUGAUGACUGCUGCAUUAAUACCUUCAACAUGCUUUAUUACAAAAAAA